GGCGGGGUGAGAAGGCUGCGCGCGGGUAAAGGGGCCGCCUCGAGCGCGGUCCGAGCGUUCAGCUGACGCGCGCGGCCUCGUUCACAGGACUCCUCACCCGCCGCUCCCCCUCCUGCCGCCGUCACCCCGGAGACCGGCCUCAAUCGCCGGCGGGCCUGAAGCUGGUUUCAUGGCAGCCUCAAAGAAGGCAGUUUUGGGGCCAUUGGUGGGGGCGGUGGACCAGGGCACCAGUUCGACGCGCUUUUUGGUUUUCAAUUCAAAAACAGCUGAACUACUUAGUCAUCAUCAAGUGGAAAUAAAACAAGAGUUUCCAAGAGAAGGAUGGGUGGAACAGGAUCCUAAGGAAAUUCUGCAUUCUGUCUAUGAGUGUAUAGAGAAAACAUGUGAGAAACUUGGACAGCUCAAUAUUGAUAUUUCCAACAUAAAAGCUAUUGGCGUCAGCAACCAGAGAGAAACAACUGUAGUCUGGGACAAGUUAACUGGAGAGCCUCUCUACAAUGCUGUGGCUGCUCCAGUUUCUCCUGGCCCUUCAGUUCCAGUUGCCGUUGUUCCCUCUGGCUCUUCAGUUCCAGCUGCUGGUACUUCCUCAGUGUGGCUUGAUCUAAGAACUCAGUCUACCGUUGAGAGUCUUAGUAAAAGAAUCCCAGGAAAUAAUAACUUUGUCAAGUCCAAGACAGGCCUUCCACUUAGCACCUACUUCAGUGCAGUGAAACUUCGCUGGCUCCUUGACAAUGUGAGAAAAGUUCAAAAGGCUGUUGAAGAAAAACGAGCUCUUUUUGGGACCAUUGAUUCAUGGCUUAUUUGGAGUUUGACAGGAGGAGUCAAUGGAGGUGUCCACUGUACAGAUGUGACAAAUGCAAGUAGAACUAUGCUUUUCAACAUUCAUUCUUUGGAAUGGGAUAAACAGCUCUGCGAAUUUUUUGGAAUUCCAAUGGAAAUUCUUCCAAAUGUCCGGAGUUCUUCUGAGAUCUAUGGCCUAAUGAAAAUCUCUCAUAGCCUGAAAGCUGGAGCCUUGGAAGGUGUGCCAAUAUCUGGGUGUUUAGGGGACCAGUCUGCUGCAUUGGUGGGACAAAUGUGCUUCCAGAAUGGACAAGCUAAAAAUACGUAUGGAACAGGAUGUUUCUUACUAUGUAAUACAGGCCAUAAGUGUGUAUUUUCUGAUCAUGGCCUUCUCACCACAGUGGCUUACAAACUUGGAAGAGACAAACCGGUAUAUUAUGCAUUGGAAGGUUCUGUAGCUAUAGCUGGUGCUGUUAUUCGCUGGCUAAGAGACAAUCUUGGAAUUAUAGAGAGCUCAGAAGAAAUUGAAAAACUUGCUAAAGAAGUAGGUACUUCUUAUGGCUGCUACUUUGUCCCAGCAUUUUCAGGGUUAUAUGCACCUUAUUGGGAGCCCAGUGCAAGAGGGAUAAUCUGCGGACUCACUCAGUUCACCAAUAAAUGCCAUAUUGCUUUUGCUGCGUUAGAAGCUGUUUGUUUCCAAACUCGAGAGAUUUUGGAUGCCAUGAAUCGGGACUGUGGAAUUCCACUCAGUCAUUUGCAGGUGGAUGGAGGAAUGACCAGCAACAAAAUUCUUAUGCAGCUACAAGCAGACAUUCUGUAUAUUCCAGUAGUGAAGCCCUCGAUGCCUGAAACCACUGCACUGGGUGCUGCCAUGGCAGCAGGGGCUGCAGAAGGAGUCGGCGUAUGGAGUCUUGAACCCGAAGAUUUAUCUGCCGUCACAAUGGAGCGGUUUGAACCUCAGAUUAAUGCUGAGGAAAGUGAAAUUCGUUAUUCUACAUGGAAGAAAGCUGUGAUGAAGUCAAUGGGUUGGGUUACAACUCAAUCUCCAGAAAGUGGUGACCCUAGUAUCUUCUGUAGUCUGCCCUUGGGCUUUUUUAUAGUGAGUAGCAUGGUAAUGUUAAUCGGAGCAAGGUACAUCUCAGGAAGCUGGAAAAUCAACUAAAGGUCUCAUUAGUUAGACCAAUCUCUGGGGGCAGUUAGAAGUAUUCCAUAAAUACUACCAACUCAUGGAUUCCAAGAUUCAAGCUUUUUACAUAAUGAAAGAAUCCAGCAAUUCUGUCUCUUAAUGCGAUGACACUAUUCAUAGACUUUGAUUUUAUUUAUAAGCCACUUGCUGCAUGACCCUCCAAGCAGACCUGUAGCUUAAAAUAAAGAAAAUGCAGCAAAAAGAAUGCUAUGGAAACAUUUGGUGGCUUUUUUUUUUAAACAUCCACAGUUAAGGUUGGGCCAGCUACCUUUGGGGCUGACCCCCUCCAUUGCCAUAGCAUCGUGCUCCAUUCCCACUAAAAUCUUGGAAGAAUUCAGAUCCUCACCAUUGGAACCUUCCAUCAAACAUACUCAAACACUAUUGGACUAGGAUUUGGGUCUCUGCAUAACAUAUGUUUGAUUAAAAGGUUAUUACUAACCUGUUAAAAUGAGCAGCUUUUUGCAUUUAACAGACACCCCCCAAGUCUUCUUUUCUAUUUAGUAGAAGACUGCAACAUAGAAACCUCUACUAAAUUACUGACAUUUGGUGUUCUCACAGCUUCGAGAUUUUUCUGAAAAGUAUUUGCCAAAACUGAAAUUCUUCAGAUAUUUUCCAUGGUCCCACUAAUUAAAAUGACUUUCUGUCUGGAUCUUAUAGGAAAGGGAUACUUUCUUUUGUCUUCCGUCUUUCCUUUUUACAUUUUUUACUUUGUAUGUAUAACAUACAUGCCUAUAUAUUUUAUAUACUGAGGGUAGCCCAUUUUAAAAUUAAGACCACAUUAUAUUCAGAAGGUUCUAACAGGGCUGGUCUUAAGUAAACCACUAUGUAUAUAAAAUGUUGGAAAACAGCUGUAUACAUUUUUGGGCAACGGUUAUGCAUAAUUUUUACCAGGAGAGUUUUUUUCUUAAAGAGCCAACAUUUAAAAUUUGUGUUUUAUGUCAAUAAAAGAAAAUAUACUUCAUUGUGACUUCAACUAUAUUUCUUAUCUCUGAUAUUUUUAUUUAAUUGUCUUAGCUUAAAAAAAGAACUGUAGAAUACUACUAUAAAUAUUGUUUUCAAACACAAGCACCAAUUCAAAUAGUUAUCUUUCCUUUGAAUUAAUUUUAGGUGUAUUUUGGGUCCUAUUGAGGGGAUGAGAGGAUAUCAAAAAAAAGUUAAAUACCUAAGUAGAAAAAAGUUUAGAAAUAAAGCCAAGAAUCUCUUUCAUUUCAAAUGUUAUCAAUUGUUAAUAAGAAAUUGCUAUCUGGGAUGACAGAAUUGUCUCUGCUUAAUAUCAUAACUGAAAAAAGGUUUUUCAUUACAAAUGUCUUCCAAUGAAACCAAGAAUUUCUCAAAAUAUUUAAUGUCACAUAUUAUAAGAAGUUACCUAAUGUAGCUUCUUCAAUUUUUAAAAGUAUCUUAAAAUCACUUUGUUUUGUAGUAAAUAGUAAAGAAAAGAUUGCCUCCUAAUUAUUUUCUUCAAUGAGUACUGAAUGGGGAAAUAUUUAUAUCUUACUAUAAUAGGUUCUGUUUUGUUUAGAAUUAAUAGGUUCUGAUUGUGCUGUUUCUAGAUUCUUGAGUCGGCUAAGUUUUAUUGAUGCGCCUGUCAUUUAACUGGCAUAAAUACUAUAGAAGGGUACUGUGAAUGAUCCCUUUAUGGCGGGGGUACUUUUAAACAUGAAUGUUUCUACAAAAGUAGGUUGUGUUCAUUGUAAAUAUUGUGAAAACGACUGUUCAAAUAAUUUUAAGAUUACAUUAAUUUUUCUAUAAAUUGCAAGAUUUAUAAAUGUUUGAAAUUGUACACACUGAUAUCUAAUGACAAACUUACUUAAAAUAAAUUGACCCCUCGUUCUUA